GGGAGAAGGUCUCGGAAGAUCGGGGUGUCACGUGAUGACGUGUCCUCCAUAAGACACCCCGCGAUCUACCGAGACGCGUCAUUAACCCAUCAAUCGCCUCACGUUUCAUCACGCUCAUAGAUUUACACUCGCUCGUUCAUACCUUCUAGCUAGGAAACUAACUUAACUUGGCGGAUCAAGGAGGAAGGGUCCACAGUCUCCCAAUCCGAUGCCUGCCAAGAAACGCAAGGCCGCCGAGGCCGCUACGCCCGGGUCUGUCGGCGGCUCGCGUCGCAGAUCCCAGCGUAUCAGUACCGGAGGCAAGAAGAGCGCGUACUUCGAAGGCACCGAUGAUGAUGAUGACUACGGUAUAAAUGAUAAGCGAGGAGAAGGCGAUUCUGAGAGGGGGGACCAAACGCCACCCCGCAAGCGCAAGGCAGGAGCGAAGACGGAGGUUAAGACGUCCUCCGGGAGAAGAAGGCCCAAGAAAACCGAAUCGGACGACGAACCAGAGCAGUACGAGGAUGACGGCUAUGUGUACAAGGACGACGAUGAUGACCACGAUAACGACACGAAUGACAAAAGUGAAGAUGGAGAGGAUACGGAGGAGGAGGAGGAGGAGGAGGAAUAUGAAACACCCCCGGUCCAGAAGCGCCGGCGUGGAAGACCAGCGAAACAGCAGGCCGGUACCGCUGCUACGCCAAAGUCCAAGGCAAAAUCUAGAAUCACGACAAAGACGAAGGCCAAGAAUGGGGCCAACGCCAAAGCCAAAGCAAAAGUCGGGGCGAAACCCAAACCCAAAGAGCCUAACGAGGCAGAGGAUAAUAGAGACGAUGAAGUUGAGGAUGACGAAUAUGACGAGGACCACCGCAUCACGGUAACCUAUCUACCAACGAUCGAGCUGCGCGACACUGGCGGUGUCGAGUACGAGGACACCCGACUUCAUCAGAAUACCCUACUCUUCCUCAAGGACCUCAAGGCCAACAACUAUAGGAAGUGGCUUAAAACCUACGAUGAGGAGUACAGGCGGUCGCUCAAGGACUGGGAAUCGUUUGUAGAGACGCUCACGGAGCGCAUCGUCGAGGUCGACGACACGAUCCCCGAGCUGCCCGUCAAGGACGUCAUCUUCCGCAUCUACCGCGACAUCCGCUUCAGCAACGAUCACACCCCGUACAAGCCUCACUUCUCAGCUGCAUGGUCGCGCACGGGCCGCAAGGGGCCCUACGCCUGCUACUACGUGCACGUCGAGCCGGGGCGCUGCAUGGUCGGCGGCGGGCUGUGGCACCCGGCCAAGGAGGCGCUGGCCCUGCUGCGCGCCAGCGUCGACGAGCGCCCCCACCGCAUCCGCCGCGUCCUCGGCGACCCGGCCUUCCGGCGCACGUUCCUCCCCGAGGCCGCCGCCGACGCGGACGGCGACGACGACGACGUCGAGGCCGCGCUCAAGGCCUUCGCCCAGGCGAACCAGGAAGGCGCGCUGAAGAUCAAGCCCAAGGGCUUCCACCCCGAACACCGCGAUAUCGAGCUCCUCAAGCUGCGCAACUACACGGUCGUCAGGCACAUCGACGACGCGGACCUGACGGCCGCCGACGCGCAGGAUAGGAUCAUAGACGUCAUCACGCCCAUGGUCAGAUUCGUUUCCUUCCUCAACAGCGUCGUCAUGCCCGACCCCAACCUCGACGAGGACUCGGACGGAGGAGAGGGUGGCGGAGACGAGUAGGAGGACGAGGGCCGAUUCUCAAAGCGUGUGAUGUACCUAUGUAUGAUAUGCGACUACGUGUGGAGGUGGAAUUCGAGGAUGUUCGCCUGAGGCCAG